UCGGCGGAUCCCGUAACUUGCCAGGUGGCAACCCUCGCCUCGAUUCGCGUAAAGAUGUAAAGAUGGCUGAGGGCACCUCUGACGAAGCGACUACACCUUGGUGGAACACUUGGCUGCAGACGGCCAAAGACAAGUCGACAACGGCGUACGAGUUUUUCAAGAAGGACCUGACGGAAUUUUCCAGUACAGUGCAGCAGGACACGGCACAGGCAGUCUCCUCGACUGCUGCCUUUGUUCGAGACAAGCUGAAGCUGGAUGGGGACGCGUCGGUCACGACCAAGGCCAAGGAGGGCUUCUCGACCCUGCUGGGGACCCUCAGCGAGGCCUUCUCCCCGUCCUGGGACCCUGCAGACGACGAGCUGUCGGUGAUACGCAACAACGAGGUCCACCCCGUGGACAGGUGGCAGGCCUGCCUGCACUCGAUCUUAGUGGACCGCAACACAUACUGCCACGAGCCGGACUGCCCUCCCGAGGUGUACGAGAGCUGGCUGGAAACAUUCUCCCUGGGCGAGCACCGGGACGAGGUUGCCGAGCUGCUGCUCAACUACGCCGAGGUGCAGCGCUACUACGACGAGCUGGUGCCCCGGGCGGUCUCGCACGAGGAGUUCUGGCAGCGCUACUUCUUCCGCGCCUUCCAGCUCUGGCAGGCCGAGGAGGAGCUCGUGAACAGCGUGCAGCAGUCGAGCGAGCGCCUCUCCGUCAGUGGGGUGGACUCUGACCAGCUGCUGGACUCCCUGAGCGACCCCGGCAGCAAGUUCCUGGGCAGCCGACCAAUGGUGGUCCCGCCCAACACCCCCAACGCCCCGUCGGCAGAGCAGAGCGGCUCCAACUCCCCGACCCCCUCCAAGGCUACCCCGUCCCCCGCGGGGGACGCGGGGUGCGACACCGCGAGUCCCGCCCACGGAUCUUCCACCCCCGAGGAGGGAGAGGUCGCGACGGCAACGGGUGCUGCCCUCGCGACGUCUCUGGCUACGGGAAUCCGGGCAACCAUGUGCACCAGAGGCGAGGGCAGCAGUGCCGUGGCGAAGGGUGCGGGGAGUGAUGGCGCAAAGUGCUCCGUGGAGGAGACGAAUGCGAGAGGUGCGACGGUGACGGAGGUCCGGGGCAGUGGAGGCACGGGGUCGCCAUCUUCAGGAGAGGAGUCCAGCGGGAGAGAUCUUAGCGACUGGGAGGAGUUUGAGCUUGAGUUGGGAGCCGAGGACGCGAGCAUCGCCACCGCCGUUGCCAGGCCGGUUUCUAAACCGCCGUCGUCGGAGGCUGAAGACGACUGGGAAAAGUGGGAAUGAGGACGUCACUUUGGAAAGCGUGAAGCGGAAGACGUAUAUCCUUAUUUAAGCCAACACGGAAAAUUGUACCAUACACGCAGGCUGUUGUUGUUUCCAUGGCAGAGUGCCUGUACCAUCCCCCUUUCCAGCCAAGAAGAGAGAAAAUUUAAGUGUUUAAUAAAGUUGAAGACAAAAAAAAAAAAAAA